AUGGCUGUCGAGGCUGAGUUGCUGAGCAUAUUCACGGAAGCUGGUAGAUUUUUAGAUAUUAAGGGAAUCAAUGGAUAUGGGAUCAGCUGCAGGGCUGUAGAUGGCACCAACAUGGAGGAGGAGGACGAAAUGGAGCUGAACGAGGACGGACAGCCGGUGAAGGCGGGUGUGCUGAAGCAGCAGCCACUGUGCCAUUGCCAUUGCUUUGGAAUGCCCAAGCGUUACAUCAUCGCCAUCAUGAGCGGACUUGGCUUUUGCAUCUCCUUUGGCAUCAGGUGCAACUUGGGUGUGGCCAUAGUGGAAAUGGUCAACAAUAACACUGUCUAUGUGAAUGGCAAAGCAGAGAUCGAGAAACCUCAGUUCAACUGGAACCCAGAGAUUGUGGGUCUGAUUCACGGCUCCUUUUUCUGGGGUUACAUUGUAACUCAGAUCCCGGGGGGUUUCAUCGCCAACAGCUUUGCUGCAAACAGGGUUUUUGGAACAGCUAUAUUUUUGACCUCAACACUAAACAUGCUCAUCCCAUCAGCAGCAAGAACCCACUUUGGCUGUGUUCUGUUUGUAAGAAUCCUUCAAGGACUGGUGGAGGGAGUUACCUACCCAGCAUGCCACGGACUGUGGAGCAUGUGGGCCCCACCGCUGGAGAGGAGCCGGUUGGCCACGAUAUCUUUCUGUGGUUCCUACGCAGGGGCAGUGGUGGCAAUGCCGCUCGCUGGAUUGUUGGUCCAAUACAAAGGCUGGUCUUCUGUUUUCUACGUUUAUGGUAUAUUUGGAAUGAUAUGGUACAUAUUUUGGCUGCUCCUUGCCUACCAGAGUCCAGCAAAGCACCCGACAAUAACCAGCGAAGAGAGGACGUACAUUGAGACCAGUAUUGGGGAGAGGGCGUCUCUCGUCAAUGCCAAUCAGAAGUUCAGGACUCCCUGGCUGAAGUUUUUCACCUCCAUGCCAGUGUACGCCAUCAUUGUGGCCAAUUUCUGCCGAAGCUGGACCUUCUACCUGCUGCUCAUCAGCCAGCCAGCCUACUUCGAGGAAGUCUUUGGUUUUCCCAUCAGUAAGGUGGGUAUACUGUCGGCUGUGCCGCACAUGGUGAUGACAAUUGUUGUGCCAAUUGGAGGGCAGAUCGCUGACUUCUUGAGGAGCCGGAAUAUCCUAUCCACAACCACCGUUCGGAAAAUCAUGAAUUGUGGAGGCUUUGGCAUGGAGGCCACCUUGUUACUGAUUGUUGGUUAUUCCCAUACCCGAGAGGUUGCAAUUUCUUUCCUGGUGCUCGCUGUUGGAUUCAGCGGAUUUGCAAUUUCAGGAUUCAAUGUAAACCACCUGGACAUCGCUCCUCGCUACGCCAGCAUUCUGAUGGGGAUAUCCAAUGGUGUGGGAACACUCUCUGGAAUGAUCUGCCCGCUGAUUGUUGGGGCAAUGACAAUACACAAGACACGCGAGGAGUGGCAGAAUGUGUUUCUGAUUGCCUCAGUGGUCCACUAUAGCGGCGUGAUAUUCUACGGGGUCUUCGCCUCGGGGGAGAAGCAGGACUGGGCAGACCCUGAAGAGACAAGUGAGGACAAGUGUGGGAUCAUCGACCAGGAUGAACUGGCGGAGGAGACGGAACUUAACGACGACACCUUCAUUGGGGCAAAGAAGAAGACCUCCUAUGGAGCGACCAACCAAGUCAACGGCUCCCGAAGGGAGGACUGGAGGAAGAAGAGGGCCAGAGUGCAGGAGGAGUUGGUGGAGGAACCGAACAGCUAUCACUGUGAGAACGGCAACUUCCGAGACAUGUCGCAGUGAGAUCAUGGAACCCACUUGCACACUGGCAGUCUGACUAAGUAUCAAAGUUCAAGGAGAAUCUGUUUUAUUGAGUUAUAAGCAACAUAUUUAACAACUUCAUAAAAAUUAUUGGACUUCUUAGGAUUCCAUUUGUAGCAAUGGCAAUCCCCCAAACUGUACAAAUGGUUAUUGCCGGCUAUAAAUGCUCUAAAAGAUUUGGCCCAUGAAGAAAAUUAUAUCACAUUGAAGUCACAUCAUACAAACAGGCCAUUCGGCCCAUGUCUGCUGUGCUGGUGUACUGUACCUGCUCCACAUGAAUCUCUGUCUCUUCACUAAUUCAUUCAUAGGAUGUGGACAUUGCUGGCAAUGCCCGUGUAUUUGUCCGUCCACAGUUACCCCGAAACUGAGGCAGUUAAGAGUCAAUCACAUUGGUGAGCCUGGAGUCACAUACAGGUCAGACUGGGUAAGAUUUAUAGAGUUCCUCCCUGAUGGACUUCAGAGAGACAGUCUUGUGGUUCCAGGCUCACCGGCUUUCUCCCCUGAAUUUAAAUUCCUCGGCUUUCAUGGUGGGAUUCAAACUCCUGUCCUUGGAUCAAUGGUCCAGUAUUCUGGCUGAAGUCCAGUAACAGGAUUGUGUCCUGUUGGUCUCUCCCUCACCAUUACUUCUGUUCCUUGCUCCCUUGUGUACCUCUCCAGCUGCCCCUUAGAUACCUCGAUAUAUUUGCUCAACUGCUGUCUCUGAGAGAGAGUUCCACAUCCUCACCACUCUUAUUUACUUAUUAAAGGAGACCAUUUGGCCCAUCAGAUCCAUGCUGGCAAACAACAGACUGAUCCCACUGCCCCCAUUUCCCUCUACCCUUUUUUUCUCACAUGCCCAACAACUUCCCUUUCAUUCUUUUUUGCUACUUACCUACACUAGGGUAAUUAAGCCUGCCUUUGGGAUGUGGGAGGAAGCCGGUGCACCCGGGGGAAACCCCCACGGUCACAGGGAGAACGUGCAAACUCCACACAGACAGCACCCCAGGUCAGGAUCGAACCCGGAUCUCUGGAGCUGCAAGAUAAGAGAAAUUCCCCAAGGUGAAAUGAAAUUCCCUGUGGGAUUUAUUAGUGGCCAUCUUACAUUAUGGUCUGACCUUCCCUGGAAGUGAAGCUUCUUUCCUCCCUCUGCCCUGUCAGCCCCUGCAUGAGGUGACAGACAUUCUCUCUUCCUCGAGCACAGAAAAGCAUUCCGGUCAAUGAAAAUAAACCACAUUCCAUUUAGACAAUGUAACGUACAGAACCCAUAGACAGUUUCUUCCCCUCCAACCUGUGCGUCCUAUACCAGCAAUUAAUACAAAGGGGGAAGCAUGCAGAUAUGACAUGUUCAGUUCAGGAAUGAAUUCUGUAAUGUUAAGGUUGAUAGCAUGUUAAACCAUGUCUUCUGAUUGGCUUACAGUGCCACGUAUGCCUGUACAGCCCACACGUUCUACUGUUGAUGUUAGGCUGGUUGAAUUUAGAUGUGAGCUGUUAUUUGGAUUUAUUGAUCUUGGUGUGAGUUUCGCAGUAAUA